AUGGGCCCUCCUCAAAAACGACGCAAGCUCCCCGCCCAACCUAAAGUGGAAGAGAUCAAUUUCAACACCGAAGACCGCCAGGAAUGGUUGACUGGAUUUCACAAGCGCAAGCUGCAGCGCGCAAAGAAUGCACAGCAGGCAGCCGAGAGGCGAUACAAAGAAGAGAAGAGGAACGACAGAAAAAAGCUUCGUGAGGAUCGCAAAGCCGACUUCAAUAGGGCAAUGGAGGAACACGCAAGAGUGCUCAAGCAAAUGAAAGAAAAUGCUGGAGAAAAGAGCGAAUCAGAAGAUGAGGACGAAGAGGCGUGGGACGGCAUUGAAGAACCGCCAGCGGUCGACUACGAAGCCGAGUAUAUUGACGAAGACAAAUACACCACAGUCACAGUUGAGGAAAUGGAUGCGUCCCGCGAAGGCUUGAUGAAGGCCGUGUUGGGAGAGGACUCGGAGACUGAGGAGAAGAAAGAAUAUCCCGCUCCCGAAGCCGAGGACGAUAAGAAGCCAAAGCGAAAGGCAGGCGAAAGAAUUGCCAGGAAGAAGAAGCGCAAUUUCCGCUACGAGAGCAAGGAUAUUCGCAGACAAACAGCAAGAAAGCAACGCGCUGUCAAGUCGACCAAGGCCAAGGCGCGCCGGGGAGCUGAAUCGGAGAAAUGA